GAGAAAGCUCUCCUGCAACAAAGCUACACAAGCAAGCCCUAUAAUAUGCGGCAUGGUAUAAGGAAAUCAGAAGCUGAGGAUGUUGCUGCAGAGAGGAGAAAACAGGCUGUAGUAGAACAAGUGAUGGUGGAUCAGUUAUCUAGAGCUGUUAUAAGUGACCCAGAGCAAUCCACACAUGCUGAUGUUUACAAGGAGGCUCAUGGACUUCUGGGAUUUGGGACAGCACCAACACGUUUUAGAAAAAGAACGCUGCAUGAAACAAAAAUAAGGACCAAAUCAGGACUAACUGAAAACAUGCUUUCUAACAAGCUACGCUUUGAUAGUAGGAUUAUAUCAAGAAAUGGUCGUGAUGCUUGUCGAGAGUUGAUUGGGUUUUUUUUUGCAUGUGACAAAUCCCUUACUGUGUAUGAAUUUCGACAGUUUGGAAAAAAUAGAACAAAUGCCUUGCCUUUCAUUCAGAAGGGAGUUUAUCAACAUCAACGUGGACAAAAGAAGGGAAAAGCUUAUGAUGUUAGUGACUUUUAUAUUGGAGCUAACCUAACUUUCCGAACUGCUGAUCAUAACCUUCCAGAAAGUGUUAAGCAGAACCAAAUUCUCACCCUUCGUGUGAUAAGUAUUGAUGAAGCAGCUAUGGAUUUUCUAAAAGCUUCUUCUGUGGAAUUCAAGCAAGAGUGUUCCAAGCCAGUGGUUGAUGACAGUGAAGUUUUCAAGAAGGUUCAAGGUGUAUUCAGAAAGACGCUAAGUAAGAGAGCAGUUCGGGUUAUAACAGGCUUAGGAAAAUAUUUCCGACAAGUAGACAAGAACAGAAAUGGUUUUCUCUCUCAGGCAGCCUUUAAAGAAGCUCUAAAAGUAUUCCACUUGGAAAUGCCUGAAGAGGAAUUUGAAUCCUUAUGGCUUAUUCUUGAUGACAGCAAGAGUGGUAAGGUUGACUAUGGAGAAUUUACUCGUGCCGUAUUUGGAGAAAUGAAUGAAUAUAGGAAAGCGUUUGUAAGAAAAGCUUAUAUGAAACUAGAUUUCAACAAAACUGGGAGUGUGCCUAUGGUAGAUAUCACAAAAUGUUACUGUGCGAAGAAACAUCCCCUAGUAUUGACAGGCAAAGCUACAGAAGAAGAAAUUAAAUCGUCAUUUCUAGAAACAUUAGGAGAAUCCUGCAGCAACCCCAAUGAAGUGUCUUAUUCUGAGUUCGAAGAUUACUAUGAAGGAUUAAGUAUUGGAAUCAUGGAUGAUGAUGAUUUUGUUAAUAUUUUAAGGAACCCUUGGGGAAUUUAGAGUGGAAGACGACAAAAAAUGAAGAAGAUACAUUUUCUAAACCAGGAGUGAGCUAAAUAAGGGAGAAUUCAGUCUUGAUAUGCAUUAUUUCAUAAUUAGUGUCAUAAACUGAUUUCAGGGACUGAAAAUUUUAGAUGCUUUCAGAAUAAUACAUGGCAAAUUUCUCAGAGUGUCUGUUGAGCUAUGCUAACCACUUUUUUAAUAUAAAUGCUGUUCAUUCCUUUUCACUGGAAAUAAUAAAGGCUGCUCCCUACACCAAAUGGCAUAAUUUACUUGAUAUUAGAAUAAAAUUGCCUAUUUUAAAAUAAGAGGGAGUUAGAAUACUAAAGUACAUGAAGGAGUGUAUGCGAUAUAAAAUUUAGUUUUAUGAGGCAUUGUGAAAAGCUUUAGGUUUGACUGUAUAAAUAUCAAUGGUAGCUUUUCU